GUUCCGUGUUGGUUCAGGGUUCAGGGUGAUUGUGCGCGCAGGAGGGGGUGUGUGAGACCCUCUCCUCCAGGGAGCUUUGGGGCGGCUUCUUCCUAGGCUGACGCCCCCAACCUCAGAAGGUGACCCCUCCUCGUUCGGCCCGAAGUGGCGGGAAGCCGGGUCCUUAGAGGCAGCCCGAAGGCGAGGGAGGCUGUAAAACCUGGAGGCGGAUCCGGUGCGCUCGGCCGGGGAUGGCGUGGGGUUUCAGAGCCAAGGACCGCGGGCUUCAGGUUUGCCUGCAAUGAAAUUUCAUUCUCUACAUUUAAAGGACAUCCUUUCUGAGCUGCUGUGAAUACAUUUGGAAUGAUACUGUAUAUUUUCAUCUAAUGGAGAAUUAGCUGUACUUUGAAUAAGGAUUGCUGCACUGGACGACUUGAGAAUAUUAGUCACAAUGUCAUCCAACAGGAGUCAGAAUCCCCAUGGACUGAAGCAGAUUGGCCUUGACCAGAUCUGGGACGACCUCAGAGCUGGAAUCCAGCAAGUGUAUACCAGACAGAGUAUGGCGAAGUCCAGAUACAUGGAACUCUACACUCACGUUUAUAACUACUGCACAAGUGUUCACCAGUCAAACCAAGCACGAGGUGCUGGUGUCCCUCCUUCUAAAUCAAAAAAAGGACAGACGCCUGGAGGAGCUCAGUUUGUUGGCUUGGAAUUAUACAAACGACUUAAAGAAUUUUUGAAGAAUUACUUGACAAAUCUUCUUAAGGACGGAGAAGAUCUGAUGGAUGAGAGUGUACUGAAGUUCUACACUCAGCAGUGGGAAGAUUACCGAUUUUCAAGCAAAGUGCUGAAUGGGAUUUGUGCCUACCUCAAUAGACAUUGGGUUCGACGCGAAUGCGACGAAGGACGGAAAGGAAUCUAUGAAAUCUAUUCUCUUGCAUUGGUGACUUGGAGAGAUUGUCUUUUCAGGCCACUGAAUAAACAGGUAACAAAUGCUGUUUUAAAACUAAUCGAAAAGGAAAGAAAUGGUGAAACCAUCAAUACAAGACUGAUAAGUGGAGUUGUACAGUCUUAUGUGGAACUGGGGCUGAAUGAAGAUGAUGCAUUUGCGAAGGGCCCUACGCUAACAGUGUACAAGGAAUCCUUUGAAUCUCAGUUUUUGGCUGACACAGAGAGAUUUUAUACCAGAGAGAGUACCGAAUUCUUGCAGCAGAACCCAGUUACUGAAUAUAUGAAAAAGGCAGAGGCUCGUCUGCUGGAGGAACAGCGGAGAGUCCAGGUCUACCUUCAUGAAAGCACCCAGGACGAGCUAGCAAGGAAGUGUGAGCAGGUGCUUAUUGAGAAACACUUGGAAAUCUUCCACACAGAAUUUCAGAAUUUACUGGAUGCUGACAAAAAUGAAGAUUUGGGUCGCAUGUAUAAUCUUGUAUCUAGAAUCCAGGAUGGCCUGGGAGAAUUGAAAAAACUCCUGGAGACACACAUUCAUAAUCAGGGUCUUGCAGCAAUUGAAAAAUGUGGAGAAGCUGCUUUGAAUGACCCCAAAAUGUAUGUACAGACAGUGUUGGAUGUUCAUAAAAAGUACAACGCCCUGGUGAUGUCCGCGUUCAACAAUGAUGCUGGCUUUGUGGCUGCACUGGACAAGGCUUGCGGGCGCUUCAUAAACAACAACGCAGUUACCAAAAUGGCUCAGUCUUCCAGCAAAUCCCCUGAGUUGCUGGCUCGAUACUGUGACUCCUUGUUGAAGAAGAGUUCCAAGAACCCAGAAGAAGCAGAGCUAGAAGACACACUCAAUCAAGUGAUGGUGGUCUUCAAGUACAUAGAGGACAAAGAUGUGUUUCAGAAGUUCUAUGCAAAGAUGCUGGCCAAGAGGCUUGUCCAUCAGAAUAGCGCCAGCGAUGAUGCUGAAGCAAGCAUGAUCUCUAAGUUAAAGCAAGCUUGUGGUUUUGAGUAUACCUCUAAACUUCAGCGGAUGUUUCAAGAUAUUGGUGUAAGCAAAGAUUUGAAUGAGCAGUUCAAAAAGCACCUGACGAAUUCAGAACCACUGGACUUGGAUUUCAGUAUUCAGGUUCUCAGCUCCGGAUCGUGGCCCUUUCAGCAAUCCUGUACGUUUGCCUUGCCGUCAGAGUUGGAACGGAGUUAUCAGCGAUUCACAGCUUUUUAUGCUAGCCGUCACAGUGGGAGAAAAUUGACAUGGUUGUAUCAGCUGUCUAAAGGAGAGUUAGUAACAAACUGCUUCAAAAACAGAUACACUUUGCAGGCAUCUACGUUCCAGAUGGCCAUCCUGCUCCAGUACAACACAGAAGACGCUUACGCUGUGCAGCAGCUGACGGACAGCACCCAGAUCAAGAUGGACAUUUUGGCACAAGUCCUACAGAUUUUAUUGAAGUCAAAGUUAUUGGUCUUGGAAGAUGAAAAUGCAAAUGUUGAUGAGGUGGAAUUGAAGCCAGAUACCUUAAUAAAAUUAUAUCUUGGUUAUAAAAAUAAGAAAUUAAGGGUUAACAUCAAUGUGCCAAUGAAAACAGAACAGAAGCAGGAACAAGAAACCACACACAAAAACAUUGAGGAAGAUCGGAAACUACUGAUCCAGGCGGCUAUUGUGAGAAUUAUGAAAAUGAGGAAGGUUCUAAAACACCAGCAGUUACUCGGAGAAGUCCUAACCCAGCUGUCCUCGAGAUUCAAGCCUCGGGUCCCAGUAAUUAAGAAAUGCAUUGACAUUCUGAUCGAGAAAGAAUAUUUGGAGCGAGUUGAUGGUGAAAAGGACACCUAUAGUUACCUGGCUUAACCCUUCCAGAAGGGUCUGCGCGUGGCAGCAUCGCUCCGAGGGAAGGAUGGAGCCGCGUUCCCAGCUGCCCGCCCGCGCAUUCGGACCUCCCUCCUCAGCCCACGGGCGGGCUCGGGGCAUCAGAACUGCUCAGGAUCGAUCCACUUCGAGUCUGUACAUAGGGACACCAACGCCAUUUAACCUAAUUUAAGAACCGAGGGGACGGGCCCUUCGGCGCUGAGGGCUGCAUGCUAUGCAUCUAAAUCAGUACAUCAGCCACGGGGUCACGGCCGCAGGCUCCGGCGACCCCAGGACGUCGGCAGCACUUGGAGAGCAAGUCUAAACGGCCCCGCGUGUAAUCUGCUAUGAAAAACCAUUUGUAUAGUGUGUUUCAUUUUUUAAUGUGUGAAAAUAAAGAAAAUUAAAGGA